AUGGAUCGUGUGGUGAUCGUCGGCGCCGGGUUGUACGGCCUCAUCGCGGCAAAGACCUACCUACAAGUCGCAGGCGCCUACGACACUCCGAAACAAGACGAUGACACAACUCAAACUACCCACGCACUACCAAAUUGUUUCUCCAAUACCAGACAAAACGUGGAGCAUACACCCGGAUGUUCUCUUCUGGUUAUUGACGCGGCCUCGGGCAUCGGAGGGACCUGGGCAGAGAAGCGCCUGUACCCGAACCUGCUCAGCCAGAACUCAUAUGGAAUGUACGAGUUCAGUGACCUCCCUCUGUCACAUGUUGUCCCAGAGGAAGCGACGGGCGUUGGACAGCAGUUCAUCGCGGGAUGGAAGAUCAACCGAUACUUGCAUGCCUGGGCUGAGAAGUGGAAUCUCAAGAGGCAUAUCAGGUUAAAAUGGAAGGUUGAGAGUAUCUGUCGCCUCGAUAGUAAAGAAUGGGAGCUUAACGUUAACAUCGCGUCGAGUCCCCCGCGGGAGAUCAGGGUGGUUUGCGACAGGUUGAUCCUAGCUACGGGACUCACUUCGGUGCCGAAUCUUCCCAAAACAAACUCCUCGUCGAGCAUGAUGAAUUCCAAGUCUGUCAUUCACGCCAAGGACGUUGGGGAUUGGGCUCGCGAGAAUCUAGGAUACCAAACUCUUCCAUCGACCCGAGCACCAGCACAGUCAAGCCAUCCAAAUAACGACCAGAGCCACCCGCUCAAAUCUGUGGUGAUCUACGGAGGCGCCAAAUCGUCCUUUGACUUGGUGCACUUCUUCGCCACCCUCCAUCGCAAAGAUCCCGCGCUACAUCUACAACUAGCGCCCAAAGAUCCAGUGACAGUGCAUUGGAUUAUCCGCAAGGAUGGAGCAGGACCGGCAUGGAUGACACCGCCAACAUCUUCGCUUCUAAACGGUGAUACCGUUGGAAGUGACAAAGUAGUCAGCAGCAGACUGCUUCACUACUUGGUUCCAUGUUGUUACGAGAUUCCCAAACGCCUGUCCGGAGAUCUGCGUAUGGAAGGAUCAUGGUUGGUACGUCUCCUGCACGGGAAUCCCCUCGGCCGAUGGUGGAUCCGCUGGUUCUGGCGCUCGGUAGACCGGGGAUUGGAGGACUUUGCACAAUAUCAGUCUGAGCCGAAAAUGCAGUUGCUUCGACCGAGCAAUAGCGUCGUCUCGUGUGCGUCCGGUAUUGGUAUCACCAACCAGCCCGAUCUGUGGGAGACGAUCCGGUCGUCACACGUGAAGGUAUAUCGGUCCUCUAUCGAACAGAUCUCGGCGUUGAAUUCACAUGAAGAGAACCAACCGAGCAGCAGUGUGAACAUAUAUCUUGAUGACAAUAUCUGUCUUGAAGAUGUGGAUCUUGUCAUCCACGCAACAGGAUAUAAGCCCAUUGUUCCGAUUAACUUCGACCCCCCGAGCUAUCGCCUGGUCUUGGGCAUGUCGGGUCUCAUUCACAAAACCACCGAGAAAGACAGCACAGUUAAUCAGAGCGAGGCAGGUAAUGGGGUUGAGAUUCCAUUGGAUGCGACAGUACAUAGACAUAUCGAACACUGGAAAGCCCUUGACCGGCAGUCAGACGAGUUGGUGAGAAAGACACUCGCUGCGACCGGGUGCACACCUGCAGAACGGGGCACGCCAUCAUGGAUCGGAGACUCGCAGCCUCUUCCAUAUCGUCUCUUCCGUCGGAUGGUUGCCCCAGAACUCGUUGCUGACGGAGAUCGUUCCUUUGCAAGCAUGGGCGUUGUGCUCACCUCGACUAUCGCGGUAGUCGCAGAGGUUCAAGCACUUUGGGUCGCGGCAUUCUUGACAGGCGGAUUGGAUGAAAGCUCUGCAGACUGCAAGUCCGAGGAGCCUCCUGCUCUUGGCCUUGAUGUUUUACCACAAAGCGUUAUGGAAAAAGCAGUAUCCGAAGAUGUAGUACUUGGGUCACUGACUGGCUCUGGGCUCGAAGUCGAUGCUAUUCAUGUUAGAAGAUUCCUCGGUCUUAUCAUCAAUAUACGGAAUGAAAGCUAA